GCGGCAAACUUUCAAGAGCCGGCUUUCAUUAUUUUGCUGCGAGCAUAACAUCGCCAUGGACUCCAAACAAUACGAGAAACAAUGCAAGCGAGUCAUCGCCCAAACAGCGGGUUCCGUGGAAUCCGUGUUUGAAGACCGCCCUGAUGGAGCAAGCAGCAUGUCGUUCAAAACGAUGGUCAACAUGGCUGCCGUCGGCACACGUACGUACGACCCGGUCCAGUUCAAGUUCACAUUUCAUAUCAAGCAGCCACUUCGUCAGGUGAUAAUAUAUUCGAAACCUCAAUGGUCCCUGCCUACUCGGCAAAUCCAUGCCGUCCGACAAUUCGUCUCGCAGGCCAAUCACAGGUUGAACGUUGGCACCCUCGAGGUCGACGACAGCGCUGACGUCUCCGUCUCCUUUAAGACGGCGGCAGAGUUCGGAGGCAUCAACGACAUCACGCCCGUGCUCACGUCCUUCAUGAAGGCGCACGCCGGCGUUGGUUUGGACUGCUUCCGUGCGCUUACAGCAAUUAAGUAUGCGGACGUCGAUGUCACCCACGCCCUGGGCAUGAUCGGCAUGGUCGGCCCUACGGGUGAAAUGAGCACGCAAGCUGACGAUAAGCUCUCGGCGAUGCUGUCUGUGUUGUCAGCUCCCGCCUGAUGAGGUAAUAGCGGAGGCUAAGGGCGGCAUGUGUAUGUGUGUACUGGGCUUACAGUAGUUGUGGCGAGACACACACGCAUACAGUCAAAGGUGUCGGAAAUCGCGCUUGCCGUCUCGGCAUGCAGUUUGCGUGGAGGGCAGUAGCUCCGGCGUAGAAUCGUCCGUGUUAUCAAUUCGCUGUGUAUUGUUUUAUUUUUGGUGGUAAAUUUACUGGUUGCGGCGAAUACGGAUGGAUGCGGUUGUUGCGUUUGGACCCCAUCAUCAAGCACACGACGAGUUGUAGGGUGAAGCCCACGAGUUGUAGGUUGAUGAAACCAUCGCGGGCUUCUUAAUUAUGUCGAACCAGUAUCACGUCCUUCGAUGAUGAAGGCUUCGCACGUGGUUUGUUUUUGACAUAAUAACUCUCGAAUGGCCCAAUGAGGAUCCAAUAUCCAAUAUGUAUUUUUUUUUCUCUGCCUCCGCAAAGCCAACAACUGUUGGCAUCAUCGUGGAUUCGAGCAUGACGAAAAUGUUGGAGGUGUGUACAUGGGUGGUUAGACGGUCCUUUUGUCUGAGAACUGCAGCAGUACUGCUGUGUAACCUCGUGAGCUUCUAACGAUACCCCUCACGAAAGCUCGACACUUCAAAUUUCAGCCAAAAAAUUGAGUACGUGUUAUUUGGGUAGUUGGCGGAUCGGAGUAGUAGAUGAGAGGGUGAGAAGAAUAUGGUCGACUGCUAGCUAGCUGUGGUUCGCCCUUGAGCUUCUUCGCAACACUGCUGAUGCUGUACAU